UCCAGCAGGUCCGUUUCUGGAGUUGGGAGAUGUCAGCCUGCUGGGAGGGGGUGGGGGGAGGAGGAAGAGGUGGGGCUCUCCUCUGAUUAAUUACCUUAGGCAUUCAGGGGUGGGGCUUCCUUCAGCCAUCUGCCUGAGAUAUGGGAGGGAGCUGGAGAAGGAAGGAGGGGGAGAGACUGCCAGAGAGGAAGAGAAAAGAAAGGAAGAAACACUAGAAAGAAAAAGGAAGGAAAACGGGAUAAAGGGAGGCCAAUUACCCACCCUUAAAUAGCUAGACUGGGGGGGGGGAGGGGGGUGGACGAGAAGGCUGUGGAGGCGUGCCCCGGCACGACCGCCGUGACGGGCUCAUCAGCUAUUCCGUUCGGUUUAUGGAGAAAAAGAACAUGGUAACUCAGGGUAACCAGGAGCCAGCAACAACUCCUGACGCAAUGGUUCAGCCUUUUACUACCAUCCCGUUUCCACCACCUCCACAGAAUGGAAUUCCCACAGAAUAUGGAGUGCCACACACUCAGGACUAUGCCGGCCAGACCAGUGAGCAUAACCUGACACUCUAUGGAAGUACGCAAGCCCACGGAGAGCAGAGCAGCAACUCACCCAGCACACAAAACGGAUCUCUUACGCAGACAGAAGGGGGAGCACAGACAGACGGCCAGCAGUCACAGACACAAAGUAGUGAAAAUUCAGAGAGUAAAUCUACCCCCAAACGACUCCAUGUCUCUAAUAUUCCUUUCCGCUUCCGGGACCCGGACCUCCGGCAGAUGUUUGGGCAGUUUGGCAAAAUCCUAGAUGUAGAAAUAAUCUUUAAUGAACGUGGCUCUAAGGGAUUCGGGUUCGUAACUUUCGAGAAUAGUGCUGAUGCAGACAGGGCCAGGGAGAAAUUACACGGCACCGUGGUAGAGGGCCGUAAAAUCGAGGUGAAUAAUGCUACGGCACGUGUAAUGACCAAUAAGAAGAUGGUCACACCAUAUGCAAAUGGUUGGAAAUUAAGCCCAGUAGUUGGAGCUGUGUAUGGCCCUGAGUUAUAUGCAGCAUCCAGCUUUCAAGCAGAUGUGUCCCUAGGCAAUGAUGCGGCAGUGCCCCUAUCUGGAAGAGGGGGUAUUAACACUUACAUUCCUUUAAUCAUUCCUGGCUUCCCUUACCCAACUGCAGCCACCACGGCGGCUGCUUUCAGAGGAGCCCAUCUGAGAGGCAGAGGGCGGACAGUAUACGGUGCAGUCCGAGCGGUACCUCCAACAGCCAUUCCCGCCUAUCCAGGGGUGGAUAUGCAGCCUACAGAUAUGCACAGCCUGCUACUGCAACCGCGGCCACAGCUGCUGCAGCCGCUGCAGCCGCUUACAGCGACGGUUAUGGCAGGGUGUACACAGCCGACCCCUACCAUGCCCUUGCCCCUGCCGCUAGCUAUGGAGUUGGCGCUGUGGCGAGUUUAUACCGAGGUGGCUACAGCCGAUUUGCCCCCUACUGAAGUGACGUGAGACCCCUGCAAAUGGGACAGCCCCCCAGUUCAUGAGGCCUGGCUAUUGCAAUAUUUACUAGUAGAGGAACUCUAUAGCAAGAUGAAGAGGAAAAACAAACAAACAAACAAAAAAAAAACACAAAAAAAGAGAAUACUUUUUUAUACCUCACUAUGUUCUUUGAAUAUGUAUUUUUCCUUUAAAUUUCUGCCUUUAAUUCUUUUGUUCCAAAGAUUGUGCAUUUUUUCUUUUUUUUUUCCUUUUUUUUUUAACUGUGGUAAAAAAAAAAAAAAAUAAUGCAUUUCCAUGUCUGUAUGUCCGUGCUUAGCUUAUUAUAUCAAUCACGGAAGAGGCAGUUAAUGAGGAAGAAGAGACAUUAGGAGCUGAUAAACACAGCUGAUCAGAAAUCAGCAGACAGAAUUACCAAAGUGUGUCUGGUGCUGAAUGGCUGGGGGACAAGCAGAAGUGGAAGAGAUCUUUCUGCCACAGGAUAUUCUUCUAGUCUUCUGAGUUUCUGGUCUUUGGCAGGCAAUUCUGAUUGGCUGUGGCUGGAAUCCACAUGCUGAUAGAUGAUAGGAAUUUGUGCUUGCAAAGCAGGAGAAUUAAAAAGACACUUUCCUCUUCUCUUCUCUCCUGUCUUCUCCAUUCUUUUUACAAUCAUCUUAAUAUGCACAGCCUGAGACAAUUGGCAUAGUUUUUGGAAUUAUAGUGUUAAUAUUUCCAAACAUGCUCUCAGACUGUGGAUAAUAAACACCUCAUUAGGAAACCAAUCUCAGAAUGAACUCUGGAGUAUGAAAAAGAUCAUUCUUUUCUUACCUGUAAUCCUAGCAUUCCUGCUGGGCUUCUUCACCUGUAAUUGAACCACGGCGUAGCUCGUCUAUCCUUUUAUUAACACUCUGCUCCUGUGUCCUCAAGAUUCAGGAAUUUAGGACCCAGGGACAGAAGAAUAAAUUGGCAGUGGCCGUAUUUCCCCAGGUGUUUGGGCACAGCUUGAGGAUUAGAGGUACUAAUUGUUGAGAGGCGAUAAAGAGGGUGAGGAAGCGAAAGGGAUAUGAGGUGAUGUCUGGCAGGGCACUCUGGUAUUCUUGAUCUUUCUCUUGCGUCGAAAGUCAGUACACAGUGUAGAGCAUACCUUCAAGGCUCUGUUGGCAACAGAUGAAGUGCCGGAGUCCUAGGCCAGCUGUCCCUGGAAGUUCUGGUGAUGAGGGCAUGUGAGGGCAGGCAAAGGCACUUUGUACUAGUUCCAAAGCCAUAGGAAUUUUCAUCCUCCAGAGCCUUUAUGAGUCACUUCUCUGUCCACAGCCUUGAGCCCUCGUGGCCAUUCUACCCAGCUUCUCAUUCUCCUCCAAAGAUGCCCAGCUGAGCACCCGGACCACUUGGUAUACAUGAACACUACAGGACAUGAAAUACAGAGCCCCUGAGGUUGCUCCCCUCCUGUGUUGGAAGGAGGGUCUGAAAUGGCAAGGAUUUUAUAUAUUGCCAGAAAGAGUCGUGUGGUGGCCACAGCAGUGAGUCGCUGCUGUUGCUCCCUGGCUUCAAUUUUCUAUAUUACCGCGAUGGGGGAGAAAGUGUUUCUUUUCUAGCUAUUAGCUGUUAAUGAUAAUGGCAAGGGUCCUGCAGCAUUUCCAAAAUGAAGGCAUUUAGAGAAGCACGGUCUGUUUGGCUCCCUGGUCUAUUCACAUUGGUACUGGGUGACCUUUCACCCAAGGAUAGCUGCUAAAGGGAGUAAUUCAGAGACAUGGAGCUUCUGGUUGGUUGUGGGUUUGGUUUUGCUUUGUUUUUUUUUACUCCUGCCUCCACACUUGUUCUUGACUGGUGACUGAUUCAUGUCCCUGAAUUAAAAUGACUGACAUAUGACAGCAUCAAGCUUUCUUUGUAAGCAGAGUGAUAUAUCUGGGAGGGACUGGCCUGUCAUGAAUAAUACAUAUCUUCUCCCCCUUCAGAAUCGUCUCUUGUCUAAUAACUGGGAGAGAGGCUGUCCUUGAAACUAGGGGAGACAUCAAGGAAGCUAGAGGCCUCGAUGCAAUUCUUAUUGAUUCUGGGAAGCAGUGCAUAGAAUAGGGGACACCAGACUGCCGGUCCAUUGGCCAUUUUUUAAGGGUUCCCCUCCCCAAACCAAAGUUUGGUUUGUUGCUGUUAAGACAAUUUUUGUUGUAUGUAUAUAAAUAUUUUAGUUAGAGGAGGGGGGAAUGGGAUGUGGGGUUUCGCAGUUCUAGGGAAUGGGGGCAAGGAGGAUUUUUUUUUUCUUUCUUCUCUUUUGUGUUGAGGCAGAGCUUUUGUUGACUAAAGAAACUGAGAGAAAUUUCAUGUCAUGUUUAAAUAGAGAGCAUUCUCACAAAAUGGCGAGCCACCACUCAGUGGACACAAGGCCAGAUUCUAAAGGGUUGUAUUCAUAGCAGAGGAAGAGAAUAGGGCAAUGAGGUUAAGAAUUCUCUCUCCUUUUUUCCAGAAAGAGAUAAGGAUGAUGGGAAAGGUAGAGAAGGCGGCUCCCACAGCCCUUUUCAAAGAGGCAGAAGCAUGAGCUUGAGGUACCUUUUGUGCAUUUCAGUUCAGCUGGCUCUGGCUGAGGACUCCAUGGGCAAGCUCUGUGUUUCCAGUGGGCUUCUGCUGCAUUUCCAGGGAUGGUUUUAAUAUUGCUUCCUCCAGCUCCCCUUUCUAAGGAAGACAGAAUCAAGUUCUGCUUUAUUAAAGGGCCUUUGGUUUUCGGUGUCAGCACUAAGAAUUGGAGCUCUCGUAAGCACCUAGAUUUGAUGGUAUCAACCUCCCAGCAGCUUUUGAACGUUGAGACUCCAUACAGUCGACUUCAUCAGAGGCAGGUUCCUCAAAGCAUUAAUGCUUGUAUGUUCCUGACUCUAGUUCCCACUGGACUAAGAAAGAGCAUCAGAAGAGAGUUUGGCGCCUUGUGAGUUCGUUAGAGGAUGCUGGUUGAUAAAUCCAAAAAACUUAUUAAUGCUGAAUCACAGUACGUGAAUGAUUUCAACAGCUUUACACUAUCUCACGACAUGGACUUUCUGUAGCAAGCGUCUUACUCUUAGACGCUGGGCUCUUUUAAGGAGACCUGUAGUGAAAACCUUUAUCUGAAUAUCUCUCCUUCAGCCCAGAAAGCUGCCCUUAGGUCUUUUCCAGAAUUCCUUAUGUUAUGUAGUUCACCUUCCAUUAACCCAGAUCAGCCAUUGUGAUUCAUCAUUUUUAAGGCUCUCAGGUUUUACAAAACCUACUAUCACCAUCAUCCUCCAACAGCCACAGUCAGAAUUGAGCCAAUUUUAUUUUUCCUUGAAAAAGAAGGGGACUGGGGCUCAACUCUCAGUUUAAGGGGGGCUAGGGGAGAGCUACUCAAUAGAAAUGAAAGACAGCGGCUUUUCCUCACAGUGACUCCUCAGGGGUGACCUGCUCUCAUUUAGAUUACACUUUCCUAGAGACAGCAGACAAGUCGGUGAAUCCCCAUCACCCUCUAACUGGUCACGGAGCUGCCACACGAGGGCGGUGUAAACUCGGGGUGGAAGCAACCCCGAGGGUCUGCACGAAGGGCUUGCUGGCCCGCUUCCCUCUCCAGGGGAGCACGAGCGAGGGACAGUCUGGAAGGCUGGGACGUGAAAGGAGGGAAAGGGGAGCUGAUUGAACCCUCCCCUUUCGCCCAGUCCAGCCGCUUCUCUGCUGCUUGCAACCCUCUAGCACAGUAACAUUUGCAGAAUUGCAGGUUUUUAUUCCCCCAGAUAAUAGGAAGAAAAGGACUUUGGGGGGUGGGGAAGGGGUAGUGGUGUUUUAAAAACAUAAGUCACCUGUUUGCACUGUUUUAAGAUAGGAAAAAAAUAGUGGGCAAGGUGAACAUCAGACGUAAAUUUGUGUGUUUUUAUUUUGUCAUGCUCUUGAAACUGUUUGACCAUGUGUAGUGUACACCAGUGAAACUUGAUUCUCUCUUGCAUAAAACACUAUUUUUUUGGAAAUGUUACUGUCCAGAAGCCUCUUCCCUCCCUUUCCCUUCUCUGUACUUCCUUCAUACUUGCUUUACUGAUGGGGCAGGCCAUAGCCAUCCAAGAGCUAGAGCCCUUCCCAGGCUGGCUCAGGUGUCCUAAGCCAGCGUGCGCCUUCUGGGUUAGGGAGUGCAGCUGAGUCCCUGGCACCUGUCUUUAAAAUAAGGCUUACAGACCAGAUUCCAGUGACUAUCAAAUUCCUCAAUCAGAUGCACUAGGAAUGAGGAGCCGAGGGUGGAGGGGAUUCCUCAAAUAUUGCAGUUGGCUGUAGCAGCUGAGUUCUUAUCCAUGUUACCGGAACUGUAGCCAGUUACAGUUUACUCAGGAAAACGGUAGAUCAAUUCAGCCAUGGUAGUGCUGGUUGGCAGGGAUUGGUAACUGAGAGAACUGCUCGUCAGCCAAACUCAAACCUUGCCUUUAAGGAGACUGCCAGCGAGGGACUCGGCCCCUCGGUCUGGUCAUCACAUAUGUGCCGGUGUUGUGAGGGCUCAGCUCCCAUUGGCAAGCAAAAAGGGAUCGUGGAUUCUCUUUUCUCUCCACCCCCGGCCCCUGUUACCAACACCAGAUUCCCAGGGGGUACGUGAGUUUUUGAAUUGUUUUUUGGUUUGGUUUUUCCAGGGACUGCUGAGUGCUGUAAGCAGUGUCUGCACCCCUUCAAGCCUCCCAGCUUAGUCGUUCUCCUCUCUUUUUCUGUUCACAGUAUUUUGGUGUGUGUGUGCUCGUUUUGGCAGCUCAUUUUGGCUGUAUUAUAUAUCGAGUGAUGAAUUGAUCCCCCUUUUUUCCCUACGGGGUAUGAAUUGUUUUUUUCUUGUGUUAUAAUUCUGCUUGUGAAUAGCUGGAGCAAACCUGGGGCUGACACACGUAAGCUAGGGCUGCAGAGGGCUGAGAGCCAGUGGGGUUGACUUGUCCCUGACAGGCUGACCUACCUGAGUCUCUGAACUUUUCAGUCCAGAUCUUUGCAAGGCUAAAAAUGCCACAGAACCUCUCCUCUGCUCCCCACUCCCCAUGGCCGGGACUGAACCAUCCCUACAUGCAACAUGCAGUUUCUCCGGCCCCGCCCAUUGCCGUGGCAAACAGGUACCUUUGGGGCAUGGGGGCAUCACAUGGGAUGCUUGUAUAAUUGACCACCUCGCCUUUUCUCCUCCCCGCCUCCUCCCCAGAAUCACUUCCUAGGACACCCGAGCUGCUUGCCCAGGGUCCUGUUUCCCUGCGAACUCCAGAGAAGCACCCCAGGGCUUUGUGACAGUCUCUACUUCCCUCCCCUUCUCGUUAAGAAUCAUAUUGUAUAGUAGCUUUCAGACCAUACAGUAUUCAUUGGGUUACUCCUAUUAUUAUCAAGUAGCUGGAAUUGUGAAGGUCGGAGUAGUUAGAUCUUUAGCUUUUGUUCCUUAUUUUUUUGUAUUACUAUCCAUGUGUAUAAAUUAUUGAUCAUGUUGCUGGCUUUUAUAAACUCUAAGCGAAGGAGGAGGUCUGCCUCUGCCUUUGCAAAUGGUAAUGAAGCACUGUUUUUAAAUAAAAGAGAGAAACACCA